ACCCUAAUAAAACGAUAUUUUACAUCAACAUAGUUAUUGCAGUCAUAAAACAUGCCAGAAUAAAAUGUGCAGUUUGCCUAAAACUACAUCGUUGCUAUAUUUCGUGCGUUUUACAGUUGCCUAUUAUUUUGACGAAUCGCCAUAUUGGAUUUUGCGUGACGACAAGAAUUUGUCCGAUGAAGCCGAGUUAAAUCUCACAAAUUCGUAUUUUCUUAAUCUAAAGAACUAUCAAGUGAACGCGAAGUCGGCGUCAGAGAUCGACUACCCGUGGGUAGCGAGGGUUUUGCACUCCAAGGUGUACUCCAAACCCCAGCUGUGUACGGCCAUAUGUAUAUCUCCACAGAUAUUCAUUACUGCUGCCAAAUGCGUCCUUCUUCUGAAAAUAAGUCACACAUCGCUGGUAUACCAGGACUAUCGCCUCAAACCCAAAGCGUUUGUGCUACCGACGAACGAAACCAAGCAAAUGUACGAUGACAUAGGCUUUAUCAUAGUCCACGACGAGUACCCCGGGAGAUGGGAAACUGUGCAGCUGUUCGAGCAGAAACGAACUGACCGAGCUUACAAGUGGUUUGCGAAUCUACAGUUUGCAGACUUUGAACACAGGGUUGUUGGAUAUGCGAUGUUUAAGACAGACGAAUCAGCUCUGGUGUGGAAAAGGCCAUACUACCUGACCCAGCUAGACGUCCACGUAGACAUAAACUUGUGCCGUGAAAUAGUAUACCAACUUUUCAACGGCUUCGCUGUCCCAUGCUACCAUUCAUGCACUUUAAGCCAGUUUAGAAGUCCAGGAGCAAUGAAACAUCCCCAAUGCAAUAACUACCACGGUUCUGAGGGUAGUGCGAUAAUAAAUAAAAAAACCGGCAAGUUGCUAGGUCUCGCCACUUGGGGCGCUUAUUUUAGUGAAUACGAAUUGCCAGUUGGCUUUGCUAUACCGAACUCGGAUAACUUUCUCGAAGACAAAUUGUGCGCUGAGAAAAUUCGUGAUGACGCCGAUUUUGUGGUCGAUCCUGGUGAAUACCAAGAGCUUUGCGAUAGUAAAAGGAAAAUUGGGUAUUUAUACAGAAAUCCCGUGAAUAGGAAGUGGAGAAAAGGUUAAGAGAAGUUUCCCCAGCGCGCUUCAUUACCAAGAGCUUUGCGAUAAUAGAAGAAAAAGUGGGUAUUUUUAAAGAAAUCCCGUAAAUAGGAAGUGAAGCGCGCUUCUUUACCAGGAGCUUUGCGAUAGUAAAAGGAAAAGUGGGUAUUUUUUAAGAAAUCCCGUAAAUAGGAAGUGGGGAAAAGGUAGAGAAGUGUUUCUCUCUAGCCAUACAAACA